AUGUGGUCAGUCAUGGCGAGGUGUAGAGUAGUUGUUUUCUUACUCAUCUUCACGGGUUUGAGAGCCGCAGAGGAUCGUGUGUACUUCAAUGAUGAAGCCGAGAGGAGGUGGAAUACACCACCGGAAUUAACGCCAGAGGCAGCCUCACCGAAGAAUGGAAAUUCACCCCAACCAAGAUUUCUACCAUUCUCGGCGAGUUUCUCCCUCAGUGCUGGCGGGAGUAAUGCUCAUUCCUUGAGUGUCGGUGGUACCAAGGAUAGUAUCAGUCUAUCCCAGAGCCAGAGUAGCAGUUCAGGGAGCUUUGGUAAUGCCGGCUCCGGGAUAUCUGCCAGUCAAUCCAGCUCUUUCUCCGCAGGACUCUCUGGAAUAUCCGCCUCUGAUGCAAAUGCAUUCAAUUUAAAUCACCCAGCAUUUGGAGGACAUUCUCAGGCUGAUAGUAAUUCCUUUGCACUGGGUCAAGCGAGUGCUGGGGCUCACGGAAGUGUUGUCAAUAAUCAGGCGAACAGUGAGGCUCAUUCGAGCGUGGGUAAUGCUCACUCCUCAGCAGCAUCUGGGGCAUCUUCAGUGGUGGGAAAUGGGGCUGAGUUUGGUGCUGAUGGAGCAAAACGUGGUCAGAGUGAUCGAGGUGGAAAACCCUCUUGGACGAAUAUUGGCCCCAAUUAUGAUAUUGGAGGUCUUUACACUCCGUCAACUGAUGAUCCAGUCCUCAAAAUCCACGCUCGCCCCCAAUACACUCCACCGCUACGUCUCCACGUGGGGAUCAGUAAUGAUAGAUUCACCUCUCAGCGUCCAUCGCUACUAAUAACCCAGAAUCGUCCACCAACUCGUCAUUACCGGCCCUUCCGAGCUUCAAGGCCCCAAGUGAAGUUCCCCAACAGACGGGAUCGAUGGGCACAGGAUCCAUUAGCGGGUCCGAGUCCCCAAGAGUGGUCCCAAAAUCACGAGUUCAACCCUUCGCUCCAGAUAUCCGCAGCUUCUGCAUCAUCCUCGGCCUCUUCGAACUCACCGAACGGCUUCUCCCUUGGUCAGUCCUCGUCCCACAGCCAGACAGGAUCCACUGGGCCCUCUUCUUGGUCCACAAACUACGUAGAGAGCUCAGGAAACGCUCAAGGUCACGCUCAAGGCACAGCAGCAUCUGUUGAUCAGAAUUCUGGGGGGCAAACUCAGGCGAGCUUCAGCUCUGGCACAAUCUCAGCGGCUUCAGUUGGUAACGGACAUUCUCAGGGUAUCUCUCUCUCUGGUAAUCGAGGCCAGAACUCCAGAGGACAGGUCCAUAGCCAAUCAGCGGGGACAGCUAGUGCGCACGGAACAGCCAACGCCGGUUCCGUCUCUUUCAUGAAAUUCCCUAGUGGUGAUCAGAAUAUUCCUAGGGAGUUUGUGCGGAAUGACUCCGGAAGCUCGAGGGAUCAACAGAGGAGGAGAAUGGAGAGUAACAGAAGAAAUCCUAUCGAUCAGUUCUUUACCGAUAUCACUGAUACCGUUUCUGAUAUUUUCGAUAUUUAAUUGUGGGGAUUUCAUAGGUAACUAGCGAAGAUCAUGUGGGGAUAUGAUGAAUGUAUCUAAAUUAUUUUAGCAAUAAUGUAUAAAUUAUUAUUAGUACGUGUUACGAAUACGUAUUUUCGGAUUUUCGCCAGAACUAAAAUUUUCUGGGAUAAAAAAAAAUAUUUCUAGGAAA